AUGCAAUCUUCGCGCAGCCGGCUGACAUGUCGCGCCCGUAAUCGCUUCACGCCAUCGAUUGCCCUGUGGCAGCACUUCAUCGCGCCCGGCCCACAACAGCAGCGCCUAUACGCCGCCUUCUCCACCACCACCACCACCACCACCGCCGCCGCCGAUGAGGCCACGCGAGAAGAGGCAGCCGGUGAUGUUGCCAAUGUAGUGUUGCACGCCAAUGCAGAGGCAACACCAGCAACACCAUCGGCCAAGGGCGAACCACGACCCAGGCGCGGACUGGUCAUCCGCCGGCCCAAGACCGAUAAGCCAACAAGCCAGGGUGCCUGGCAGGAAUAUAAGCGCGUCGCGAGCGUCAUCAAAAACGCAAAGGCGGAAUGGCAGCGGCGAGAGGCUUCGCGCCAGCGGUCCUUCGAGGCCCUGACGCUGGCAAAAAAUGCCUCCAAGGCUUUGGAGGACUACGAGGGCAUCAUUGUAGAGCCCAUGGUGAAUCCCGAGCCUGUCAAGGAAAGCAGUCUGCCAUGGUGUCCGUCGCGAGCCGAGAGGGAGGACAUGUCAGCCAUGGACAGGUUGGCCCUGGAGAUGGAGAGGUUCUGCGCCUACGCCAAACCCACCCGCCUCGAGCAAAGGGCGCGCGACCAUGUCAUCAAGGAAGUGCGACGCCAUGUCCUCGAGCGCAUGCCUGACCACACCCUCGAGGUAUUUGGCUCGGAGCGGACAGGCCUCGCUCUCGCCACCUCCGACAUUGACUUUCGAUUGAUAAGGCCACAUCAAAUCCCGGAUCCCGAACGGGCACAUUUGCCCCCACGACCCAUGCAACGCUCCAAGGCAUUGGGUGGACUACAAAAACUACAUUCGAUGCUGAAGGAUACCUCGGGUACCUACCUCAUCACCAUUUUUCGAUAUGCCCGAUAUCCCCUCAUUUCCUUGCAACACCGGACCUCUACCCUGGACAUUCAAAUCGUAUUAGCCAACGACACGACCCAGUCUCGAGACAUCAUCCAACGCUACCUGAAAGAAUAUCCCUAUUUGCUCACCCUUUUCACCGUCAUCAAGACAAUCUUUGAAAUCCGGGGCUUGAGUGACGUAUUCCGGGGAGGUUUUGGCUCCUACUCGCUCUUCAUGAUGAUCGUGGCCAGCAUCCAGCAUCAGCCCCACGCACGAAAUGACGCAGCCGGUGCCCUAGUCAAUUUCCUCCGUUUCUGGCGCGACUUUGACACCACCAAGCACGGCGUCUCCAUUGAGCCCGCCGAAAUCUUCGACAAGCAAGCCGUGCCCGUCAGAACCGGCAAGGUACAAGCCAGAUUAGAGGGCGGCGAAGUAAAUCCGCUGCCCAUCUACAUGCUCUGCCUACGCGACCCCGCCGACCCCACCAACGACCUUGGCCGCAAAGGCGCAGCCAUCAAACACGUACAAGCCACAUUCCGCUCCCUGCUCCAGCGACUCGUACACGACAUACAGAUGAAGACCCGGCCUACGCUGUUGGGACCCUUGGUCGGCCCCGUCUACAUGCUCAACCUUCGGCGGCGCGAACAGCUCGAGGCGUUGGGGAAGCGCUUGGAAUUGGAGAAGAUGAAGGAGCUGGCGGCUGUGGCCAAGGCGAUUCGAGAGGGUCGGGAUGUUGGGGAUAGGAAGGGUGUGGAGGGGGCGGUAGAGGUCAAGGAGGGAAGGGGUACAAAAGAGGCUGGUAGUCAAGAAGCUGGCAGUCCAGAACCCACCACCCAACAACCCACCAGCUCAGAGAUCACCACCCAACAACCCACAACCCACCAAGAUUCUCCACCAAACCCACAAGAAGUAGAAGAACAACAAGGAGGAGAGACUGCAAUUCAAAAAGACAAAGACACGCCAUACCCAUCAUAG